CCCCAACUUUCCAUCCUCCGACAGCCGACGGAUGGGCACUUGCGAUGGCCGAUGAGGAAAAACUCAGGUGCCCUGAGCGCGGCUGGCCGCGCUGUGGCAGGUGGCGCGGCCAAUGGAUUGCAAACCGAGAAGGCAGCAUUGCAGGAGGCAGAGGCGCGGUGCGCUGCUCUCGGGGAGAAGCUCCGCGUUUGUGGGGAAGCGCUCGAGUCCCUGCGCCCGCGCCUCAAGGCCUGCGGCGCGGAGGCGCACGCCGCCCGCGCCGCUGCGGAGGAGCUGCAGCAGGCGAUGGAUGCACUGGGAGAUUCCCGCGCCAAAGCAGCCCAGGAGGUGGGCGCCCUGUCCAAGCGGCAGCUCUCUGAGAUCCGGCAGCUCCUGAGGAGCCCGCCGGAGCCGGUCAAGCGCACGCUGGCGGCUGCCUGGCUGCUGCUUCACUGCCAGCGCUUCAAGGACAAGCCACCCAGCGCUGUUCGCUUCGACGAGAAGACGGACUGGCCUCGCUGUCAGCGGAUGUUGGUGGACGACGGCUUCAAAAGCUCGGUGCUGUCCUUUGACACCCAGCAGCUGGAUCAGGUGCCAUCGGUGCCCAACUUCGUGGCCAAGGCCUAUCUGGGCUUGGGCACUGCAGGCGGCGACCCCACGGCCAGCGCGAGCACGGUGCCCGCAGCGCGCCCGCUCCUGCGCCGCAGCGCAACGGUGCCAGUGAAGCCGCCGCUGGACGUGCCGCAAGUGGUGCGCGCCAGCGAGCCCUGCGGGCCUUUGCUGCGAUGGGUGCAGGAGCUGGUGUCCGAGCACGUCAGCCGAGUGAAGAUCCAAGCAGCUCUCACCGAAGCACAGGCCAAGAAGACGAAGGCAGAGGCGGCCGAGGCGGCCGCUGAAGCAGAUGUAGCAGAAGCAGAGGCCGCGCUGAGCAAACUCAGGGAGGCCUUAGCAGCGCAGGAGGCCGCGCUUGCAGCGCUGCAGGCCGAGAAGUCCGCGGCCGAGAAGGCAUUGCAGGACCUCCGGAAGCUUGAAGGCUUGGAGGUACCAAGACUCAGGCAGGCGGCGCCUGUGCCGAAGCCGUCGACUUCCAAAGUCGAAGUGCCGAUCGAGCUGGAGCUGAGCGGUACCCUGGCCGUGGUCGAGCAGAAGCUUGCCCAGUGCGGCAUCCCUUUCAUGCGCACCUCCGCGCAGUUGCUGGAGGGGGAUGUGCAGCAGGCGAUGGUGCUGCCGAAAAUCGCAGAGAUCCUGAAGGAGCACCGGGGCAAGCUGAAGCUGCAGCUGGAGGGCCAUCAAGCGGAAGGGGAGGAGCCCGGCAUGGACAUUGAAAGAAGCUUGGCGGUGUACCAGUGGCUGGUUGAGGUGGCGGGCCACGCGCCGGGGCUGCUGCGGCUCAAAGGCUGUGGCUCCGCCCAGGGCCGAGGGCAGCUGGUGGUGCCGGUGCCCAUCCAGGAGCUGGUGGCGCGGUCCGGACCACUGCCUCCGGACUUGGAGGGGAUGCCUUGCGGGCUCUACUUCUCGCAGGCGAGCACCGAGCUCCUGCCGGAGGCGGAGCUCCUGCUGCAAGCCGUGAGCAAGGCCCUCAAGGAGGACGAGCGUGCUGUCCGCCUCGAGGGCCACGUGGUCGGUUUCCCCGACCAGCCCGUCCAAGGACAAGGAGGAGAACCCAGACCUCGCAGGCCAGCGCGCGGCGCGGGUCCGGGAGCUGCUCAUGGCGCUGGGGGUGCCGCGCACGCAGAUGCGCCCGCAGAGCUGCAAGGCGCUACACCCGCUGUCCCGCACGAGGCAUGCGGCGAACCGCCGGGUGGAGGUCCACAUCCUUUGAGGCCGCCAACAUCUCCCGAGACAGACGUUGGCUUUUCUCUGCGUGCCUUCGGAAUGCGCCUGGCGUUGUGAGCUUGCGAGGUGCGGUCAAAAUGAGCAGUGGUCUAUGGUC